AUGUAUCAUCAUGACAACAAGGCCAUUACUACUCUACGUCCCCCAGAGAAGACUUGGGGCCUUGCAAACGGAACAGCUGCACGGACCCGGCAGGAAUGUUUGCCGACAAACGUUGUGGCAGUCAUUAAUACGACAAUUGCCGCUGCUCGUGCCAGCACGAUGAUUAUGAGUGCUGCGGCGAGACAAAAUCUGUUCGGUGAGUUUUGCAUGAUCCGAGACGAACUCAUAGUGAUGAUUAUCGGCAGCAUACCUACGGCUUCACGGAUGGAGAGCACGCCUUCUCAGCCCCCACGGACGCUCGUAAUGGUGAAUGUUGCACUUCCAUAUAACGAAAAGAAUGCCGCAGCUAUACAAUCUGCCCUUUCGGUGGCUCCGAGAAAUGACUGA